UGCAGAGGUGUUUUACGACCACCGUAAAUAUCCAGUCAAGAGGCAAGUGAAAGAAAUGUGGAAGGAAGAAUCUCCUUAAAAUUAAAUCCAACCCAAAUGAAGAGUGUGGAAUAAAGUGCAAAUUACGGAAAUACACACACAUUAAUACGGUUGAAGUGGUUGAUGUGCAUAAUUCUUGGAGGCGGCGACAGUCAUCCGAAAAUUCAAGCUCACUAUGCUCAAGUGCAUGACUUUGGCACAAUCGUACAUCCGUAGCCCAAUAUCGAAUCUAUAGCAGCCAAUAAUCAUGAGCUCAUCGGCUCAAUAACCUACACUUGAUUUCGCAUAAAGCUGUAAACUGGGUGGAAUUUCAUAAGAUUGGAACAGAGAAAACAAAAAUCAUGCAGAAGCAUUUUAUUUUUAAAUAAGCUUGAUCUUGAUCUACAGGAAGGAAACACAUGUCGUCGACAUUGGAUAUAUGGAAAGAUUUGCUACAUUUUAUGCUCAAACGUAUGCAACUCAGGUUGAGACAACGCAUUCCUUGGAACACGGAUUAUUCACAACUCGUCGUAUUUACCACGAGAUGAAUUAGUUUUGUCAAUUACCGGAUCUGCUUAUAUCUCGUGCAUAGUAGUAGUAUUGGGAAUACAUGGAAUUGUGUUUGGAAGUUUAGCUAUGCUAAAGUUGAGUCUAAUAUUUAUAUAAAGUCGGAUCUUUGUACAAUCCUAAAUAGCUUUAAGCACAUACUACAAUUCUUUCUGCACAAUUAAACCUUCGAUCUUAAUGGCACAUUCCUCCAUUGUCAAUUUUUGUAUAGGUACUCAACGCUUGGAAGUUGCAUUGUGUCAAGUAUAAAAUCAGAGAGCGACAAUUGAGCCACAUCAGUUAUUAUUCCAAACAUUAACAAAUGAACAAGUGCACAAGCCGAUGCUAAGUGAACUUUAAUGACCGGUAGCCAGUAGUAUAAAGAUUAUUGCCGAGAUAUGUUAAUCAAUUAGGAAGUUGACUUACAAACGAAUCCCUGGACAGUGUUCUGCAUUAGUGAGUGGUAAUUCAUAUUAUGCAGUGAAUACGUUACAUGUUUCAUAUGAAAGUGAACUCAUUUGCGUAUUGUGGAUGGACUUGAAAUUUUAAACGCCACAUCAGAGGAGUCAACUAUUUGCGUGUCAUAUGUGAAAGGCUAAUUCAAUACAAUACAGUGACGGCAAACAAUAGACAAAUCUUUCUCAGAAAAUCUAACAUCUCAAACUUGAUAACCUAAUGAGACAUCCUGCUCAUUAAAAUACAAAGUCUUGGUGUUCUUUCUUCCAAUCUCCACUUACCUCGUCCGGCAUUUUACAGUGUCAUGAAUUCGUAAAUAAAAGCUACCAGUGAAUCUGCAAAAAUGUUGAAUUUAUUUGGAAAGUUCUUGAGAAAAAAGUUGGUGGACCGUGAGGAAAAUUCAACCCAGCUAAACAGGGUUCUCUCAACCCUUGACCUGACACUUUUGGGAAUCGGAAGCACACUCGGCAUCGGAGUUUAUGUACUCGCAGGCAGUGUGGCCAAGGAUUCUGCGGGUCCUGCGGUGGUCAUUUCGUUCUUUGUUGCAGCAUUAGCUUCGGUUCUUGCUGGCCUGUGCUACGCUGAAUUUGGUGCCAGGGUUCCCAAAGCAGGAAGUGCGUACGUAUACAGUUAUGUAUGCGUUGGAGAGCUCAUUGCAUUUAUUGUGGGAUGGAACUUAAUUAUGGAAUAUGUGAUUGGAGUUGCCAGCGUGGCGAAAGGCUACUCUGGUUAUGUGGAUCAAAUAUUUCACCACGAGUUAAGCAACGCAUUCAACGCAUAUGUUCCAAUUAAAGUAGAAUUUCUGUCGGACUACUUUGAUGCGUUUGCUUUCUCCAUUACAAUUGUGCUUACACUCUUGCUGUCUUUUGGAGUUAAAGAAUCCUCCUUUGUCAACAAUUUCUUCACAGCCCUUAAUCUCGGGGUUGUAAUAUUUGUGAUUGUUGCUGGCUCCUUCUAUGCCGAUCCGAAGAAUUGGGCUUUGCGAAAAGAAGACAUUUUGAAUUCAACUGCAAAUAUGACAUCAGAGAAAGUGGGUGAUGGGGGCUUCGCUCCCUUCGGUUUUCACGGAAUAAUGAAAGGCGCUGCUACCUGCUUUUAUGGGUUUGUGGGGUUCGAUUGCAUUGCCACCACUGGAGAGGAGGCCAAGAACCCUCAGCGAUCAAUUCCAAUUGCGAUCAUAUUUUCUUUGCUAUUUAUUUUCCUUGCGUAUUUUGGAAUAUCGGUCGUUCUGACCAUGAUGGUCCCCUACUACCUGCAGGACUCUGAAGCUCCAUUGCCACAGGCUUUCCUACGUGUGGAUUUUACAUUUGGACAAUGGGUUGUAACGGCAGGGGCCUUAUUUGGGUUAUCGACAAGUUUACUGGGCGCAAUGUUCCCCAUGCCACGAGUUAUCUAUGCAAUGGCCAGCGAUGGAGUUUUAUUCAAAUUUUUGGCUAAAGUCCAUCCCAGAUUUCAUACUCCCUUAAUUGCAACUCUGAUAGCUGGCACGUUUGGAGGUUUAAUGGCUGCCAUUUUUCGACUGGAGGCACUCAUUGACAUGAUGAGUAUUGGAACUUUGACUGCUUAUACGUUAGUGGCUGUGUGCGUUCUUUGCCUGAGAUACCGGAAAGAUGUCGAUGGCGCUGACGACAUUGAUUGUACUAUAGAUUCAUCACAAACACUAAUUAAAAUGACGUCUUGCAACUAUUUUGGACAAAUUUUCAACUCGAUGAGAUCAACGCGUCCCACUGAAUUAUCUUCUGCCUAUACAAACUAUGCAGUGGCGAUGUAUUGUGUAAUCACAGGCUCAUUUUGUGCUGUUGCAAUAUUUGCUGAAGAUCGAAUUAUUCAAGGCAGUGUUGGACCUGUGUGUGCUUUGGCAAUUUUGGGCAUUGCAUUAAUUUUGAUUCUAAUUUCUUUAGCAUCACAACCAGUUUCAAGGGUUAAAAUUUCCUUUAAGGUGCCUUGUGUUCCUUUAAUCCCUGGCCUCAGCAUAUUGGCGAAUACUUAUCUGAUCAUGAAACUUUCCGGGAUGACUUGGAUUCGUUUCUCGGUCUGGAUGGGUCUAGGAUUUCUUAUUUACGCUAUUUGUCUUUUGAACGGAACGACGGAUAAAGCAUACGCACUCUCGUUGGAGAACAAGAACAAGAACAAACGGAAGUACUCCAAAGUGUCCGCAUCAGGAUUUCACAACAAAGGCUUGAUGCACUUUAGGAAUGGGAAGUUGGUGGAUGAGCAACACGGCCACAAUGAGACAGAAAUGGCUGGAUAUCCCAACGGAAGUUGCGACACAGGGACGGGAAAGGACACAGUUUCUUUGGCCAGUGCUCAAAAUCGUACAAAGACAGAGAUCCGACGAGAUGUGGAAAAAAAUGAGCCACCUUCACCAAUAUCGAAACAAGUCGAAACUGAGACAAUCGAAAAGAGUGUCGAGUUUGAUGAUGGAGAAAGUCAGGAAGCAGAGGCUGAGUAUCCAUCUGCAGAGAAAGCAGCAGUUGAAGCCAUUGACUUUGUGAUUUCUGAAGCUUAUAAACAGCCAGUGGAUGACUCAAAGUCUAAAAAUUAAUCUUUUAAAUUUAUUAUAUUCAUCUUGCCAAUUUUAUUAGCGUAUAUAUAUUUGUAUUGUGAAACAACUUUUUUAACUGCUAUUGCUUAGGGCAAAUUUUAAGGAUUUAAAUCCCAACUUUUAGAAUCGUCAAUGUACAAUUUAGUGAGUUUUAAGUUAUGACAAAAUUACCAAAUAAUUUAAGGAUACACUUUUUUAACCUUUUCCCAAAUAGUUUGAACAGAAAAUAUUAGUACUUCCUUUAAAAACAUGUCCUAAACACAAAUCAGAUUGUGAUAAACCGGGAAAUAUUUCAGUAAAUAAAACUUUACAAUUUCAAAAUUAAAAA